GGAAACUGGAAAUUGCAGAGAGGCAAAAGCUGCUUGCUCAGUUUUGGAAACGAGAGAGUCUGAGCCUUGCACUUACAGUUGUGUGUUAAAUCAACAACAGAAGGAUAAGCACAGCAACAACAAAGAAAAUGACACUUUCGACCGCAGUGCAGACCUAUGACGCGGAAGCGAAGGCGCGCUUUCCGCAUCUUGUAUUCGUGUACGGGACUCUGAAGACCGGUUUCUUUAACCAUGGUGCCGUAAUGAUGACGCAAGCGGAUACGUGGCAGCAAAUUUCCAGUGCGGCGACGAUUCAAAGGAACCACGAAGCCGAUCAUUUUUUUGUCGACAUAUACUACACGCCGUAUCUUGUUUUGGGUGCGUCUCCUCAAGACUCGAACCAAGGAGAGGUGGAAAACGAAGUACCAGAUGGCGGGAAAGAUGUCGGAAAUGCGAAUGACGCAAAAGUGGUGCGCGGAGAGUUGUUUUUAUGUUGGUUUAGAGUGUGCAUGAUACACUUUAUUUACAAUGUUUUGUCUCUGAUAUCUCAAGGAAGAUUUGCGAAAUCCCAAAGUAGAUACUCUAGAAGCACUUUCAGAACUUGUCUAUACUGUCAUCAGGAAAGUUGACAACAGGGACGCAUGCACGCAAAGCAGACACUUUUGGCCUCGCUAAUACUCGCAGUGAACGAGGAGAUGCUAGCCUCGCUUGACGAUCUGGAAGACGUCAAAUUUGGUCGAUACACGAGGUCGGAGGUACUUGUCUCAAUACCUUCAGGAGAAAAUUUUUUUUCGUGUUUCGUGUAUCACCUGCGUGCGGAGAGGAUUUCGGCCGAGUUAUUGGACCAGGUGGAGCACAUUGAAGAAUACCAGAAAGAGGAGCAUGAAAAACGAUACGUCCACCGAGAAGACCGAGAUCCCGACAAGUACGUCGAGAAGUGGGGAGUGUAUCUCGAAGGUGGUGCGCUUCUUGGAGGAAACGGAUUGGAGGUGGAACGUAGUGAAAAAGGAAAUGCUUCUCAAGGAUUCGCCUAG